UAGCGGAUUGUCACAUCUAGGCGGCGACACAGAGUCCCUUUUCUCUAAAAACAACAACAUUUCACCUUUCUUUCUUUUAGUCAAAAUGCUUGUGCACGUUUGAGUGACCAUGGAGUGCGUUUGCCGUCAGGUAGUUGAGAGUUAAUACGGCGAGAAUAUUGGGAGAAGGAAACUUUUCAAGGAAUCCAAGGAGCUACAGUUGGAAACAUGGCUGUUCGCGAAGAAGGAGAGGUUUUGCACAGUAAAAUCAGGCACCACGAUGGGGUUGCCAAUGCAAACAGCACAGAGAGCUUCAGGAACGGCUAUGUGAAGAGCUGCGUCACCCCUUUAAAACAAGUCCAUCAAAGGGGAUUUUUGUUUAACGUCUGUAGGUUUUGCAUUGAGGACAUUCUGAAUUCAAAAAUAUUUAGAAUUUCUGGCCUAUACCUGGGUGCAUUCGCAAUUUUUGCAGUUUCGUUGCUUAUUUCCAGGAGCUUGCAAAGUGACUUUAGCUUUUGGGAUUUGCGGACUUUUCUGUCGGGCUUCUCUCAGUCCAUCAGCCCUCUCUUUAGCAUAGGCUGUGCAUUCUUCUUUUUGACCUUUUAUUUAAGGAGGAAAAAGAGGGAAAGUAAUAAAUGUUGGCUUGUGUCACUGCCAGCAUCAUGUUACUUAGGGGAUUUUUUAGUUUUGCGGUUUUUGCAGUGGGGAGAGGACCAACACCAGAUGCAAAUGAUUGGCAGGUUGUUAUUCGUGUUGGGGUGUGUGGGUCUCCUAACACUGAUCCCCACUUUGAAACUCAAACACAGUGUUCUGAUCCUGGUGUUUGCCAGUGUUGUGUGGUUGGUGUCUUUCACCAGUCUGAGCUGUCUGCCUGCACUCCUGAGACCCGUGUUUGCGUGUUUGGCGGGUGUCUCAGGCUCGCUCUUGUCCCUCUGUUUUGACCAUUAUUACCCGUCAAGGGAAACGCCGAAUAGGAUCUCCAGCAACGAGGAGAAAGUCCCUGUGAUCAGACCCAGGAGAAGGUCCAGUUGUGUUUCUUUGGGGGAAACGUCGACCAGCUAUUAUGGCAGCUGUAAAAUGCCUCGCAGACCUUCAUUACCGUGCAUAUCCAGAGAACAGAUGAUCCUAUGGGACUGGGACCUGAAGCAGUGGUACAAGCCCCAGUAUCAGGGAGCGGUAAGUGGUAACGGAGUGGACCUGUCGGUCAUCAACGAGGCCAGGAACAUGGUGUCUGACCUGCUGAUGGACUUGUCCCUGUCGCCACACACCGUCUCAUCCCUGCGCAGUGUCAGCAGCCUCAUGGGGACCUUCUCUGGCUCCUGUCGGCCCAGGGUCAACCCCUUCACCCCCUUCCCAGGUUUCUACCCCUGUACCGAGGUGGAGGACCCUGCAGAGAGGGGCGACAGGAAGCCCCUGAAGGGUCUUAGCAGCAGGAACAGCCUACCAACCCCCCAACUCCGCCGCGGCUCCACCUCCUCCCCUCUCCCCCCUCUGGAGUCGGCCUCCUCCCGCUGGGAACGCAACAACGGCAAGAGACCGGGACCCCACCCUGACCUCAAUAUGACCAGCACGGGUUCUCUGUCCAAUGGGCCUAAUGCUAACCUGCUGACCAUCCCUAAGCAGAGGUCCUCCUCUGUGACCCUGACCUACCAUGCCGGGCCCAGGAGAGCAGGUGCGUCCCCCAGUCUGAGUCCUGUCAGCUCCCCCAGCCACAGUCCUCAAGGGGGAGGUCUCUCCUCCCAGGUCACGCGCCCCCCGGUGGAGUUCCCUGACACAGCUGACUUCCUCACCAAGCCCAGCGUCAACCUGCACAAGCCCCUGGGCUACAUCCUCAGCUCCGCUGACUUCCAGGGGCCUUACCGCAGCCCCGCUGCCCUGUGCACCAGCUGUGGUCGUCAGAUGCUGAAGAACAUGCCCAGUAUGGAGGCGGGGGAGGGACACCUGCCAUUCACUGGUCAUGCUGAGGCCCAGCGCAGACGCUCAGCAGGUGAGGGGUCAGAGUUCAUGGGGGAGGCACUGAUCAGGGAGGAGAGUGUGGAGGCCGAGUCGAUGGGGGACAGGAAUCCAGACCCAAGGAGCCGGGGCCAGACAGACGAGGAGGAGCAGAGCGCCACCACAGAGCAGCAGACUCAGGAAACAGAGGGUGAGUUCAGACUAGACCCCCUGCUGGAGAACCACAAUGACCUCAUGGAGAAGAUCAACAGCUGGAACUUCCAGAUCUUUGACCUGAUGGACAGAACAGGAGGGAAGACAGGAAGAAUACUCAGCUACGUCAGUACAACCACAUACCAACCAUAUAGCAACCAUCAUCUGUCUGUCAUACGCCAUGAUCUGUUACAUCAGGUGACCUACACUCUGUUCCAGGACACUUGUCUGUUUGAGAUGUUUAAGAUCCCUGUGAGGGAGUUCAUGUCCUAUUUCUGUGCUCUGGAGAACGGCUAUAGGGAUAUUCCCUAUCAUAACCGGGUCCAUGCCACUGACGUGCUCCAUGCUGUCUGGUACCUGACUACCCGGCCUGUCCCAGGAUUCCAGCAGAUCCACAAUGAGCAUGUGACAGGAAGUGACACAGAUUCAGACAGUGGGAUCUCGCCGGGCCGGGUAUCAUACGCCUCCUCCAAGAGCUCGUCCAUCUCUGACGACAACUACGGCUGCCUGGCGUGGAACAUCCCUGCUCUGGAACUCAUGGCACUAUAUGUAGCAGCUGCCAUGCAUGACUAUGACCACCCCGGUCGCACAAACGCCUUCCUCGUAGCCACUAACGCAGCUCAGGCGGUGUUGUAUAAUGACCGUUCGGUCCUGGAGAACCACCACGCUGCUUCAGCCUGGAGCCUCUACCUGUCCCAGCCAGAGUUCAACUUCCUGGCCAACUUGGACCACGUGGAGUUCAAACGCUUUCGCUUCCUGGUUAUCGAGGCCAUCCUCGCCACAGACCUGAAGAAGCACUUUGACUUCCUCGCCGAGUUCAAUUCAAAGGUGAAUGAUGUGAACAGUCCAGGAAUCGACUGGACUAAUGAGAAUGACCGGCUGCUGGUGUGCCAAGUCUGCAUUAAGCUGGCAGACAUCAACGGGCCGGCCAAAGGACGCGAUCUGCACCUCAAGUGGACAGAAGGCAUUGUCAAUGAGUUUUAUGAGCAGGGGGAUGAGGAAGCCACUUUGGGAUUACCCAUCAGCCCUUUCAUGGACCGCUCCUCUCCCCAGCUGGCCAAGCUGCAGGAGUCCUUCAUCACACACAUCGUGGGGCCGCUCUGCAACUCGUACGACGCCGCUGGCCUGCUCCCUGGCUACUGGAUCGACGAGGAGCGCUCUGAGGAUGAGGAUGAGGAAGAGCAGGUGGAGGACACAGAGACCGACGAAGACGAGCUGGAGGAGGAGCUCGAACCAAAAAGGAGAAACGGCCGGCGUCGGCUGUUCUGCAACAUUAUGCAGCACCUGACAGAGAACCACAAGGUGUGGAAGAAGACCAUCGAGGAGGAGGAGAAGAGCAAGGAGAAGCAGCAGGCCGACAGCCUGCCUCUCAGCCUGUCCCCUUCGCCCUCCGACGACCAGAUCCAGGUCAUUCAGGAGGAGGAGGAAGGAGAGGAGCGCCAGUAGCAUGAUGAAGAAGAGGAGGGACAGAGCCAGGAUGCUCGGCAAGGGCGGAACAGUGAAGGCGAAAGUCCUUCAACUCCUCCCUCUUACACGCUCACACAAAAAUAUUUAUACACAACACAUAGGUGCACACACGUACUAUAGACAUAUACACAAACACAUACACACACAGGAUGACCCUGCUGGAUCUCCACACGUUGAAAUUGUCACUGUGCCGACACGCUAAUGCAGUCAUGUUGUUUUGAAAAAAGGCCUUACUACUGUGAGGGGAUUCUUGCUGCAAUGGUGGGAACCCCACUCCUAUGCACUUUCACCCCAUGGAGAGUAGACCAAGAACAAACACCAGAGCUGAGGACACUGGUGUGGAGAGGAAGAGAGGAAAAGGGUCUGGAUGUGCCCUCCAUGGUGAUCUGGCUGUAAUGCUGCCUUGAACGCAGAGCACUUAACUCUCCCUUCGGUACUAAAACAAAUCCUAUGAUUUCAAAUAAAGGAAAAGAAAAAACACCUUGACGUGGUUGACAUCCGUUACCAAAGCGAACAGUUCAAACGUGGAAAGACAAGAGACUGAGACUGUUUCAGGCUCACUGUCAGGAAUAUUCUAGAUCUAUAUAUCAAAUGUGCCUGUCUGAACCUUUACUGAGUCCCCUGGUCCAGACCCUAGGUUGGUCUGUGCAGUCCUCUCCCCUUGCUGGAGACACCAAACACUGUAUCACUGACUCAGUCACAGAGACGUUGUGGAGAUGUUGACUGAAAAUGAGCAUUAUACCUGCAUCGUUUUUGAUGCCUUUUAUUCAUGUGUACCACCUGCCUUUUAUGUUUCCUUCUUUUUUUAUUGGUUUAAUUUAGUUGGCGUGAGCGUGUGAAUGUGUGUGUGUUUUCUUCAGGAACGCUUGGUCGCAAGUCAUUGAAAUGUUGUCGGAGAUGAGAUGUUCUCUGUUGUUCCAAUGGAGUGCUGUUUUUUUAUUUUGAUUAUAUCUAUUUUUUCCACGGUUACUCAGGAUUCUCGUGAAGUUGAAUCAUUAUUUUGCAAGAAUUUAAGUAAUUGACUUUAAAACAAAAUCUCGGUGAUUGAAAUAGUUUUUAAGCUUUGUAUGAACAACUUGAAAAACAAACACAUUCAAGCAAUUGAACUGCUCCUCUGUGAUAGAGCAAAGUAUGUCCUGUGUUUCUGUCAAACUCCGUUGGCUUGAUCUUCUAAAGACCUCACUGUAGAAUUGGGAUCCUUGAUUGUCAGUUGACUGUAAAAGACCUGUUUGCAGCAAGGCAACAUUUUGUACAGUAAAAUCCCAUGAUUAUUCAUGUACCAGUAUAGGUAAAGGUGUUUUUGAGUGCAUUGCUGUUGGCAUUGUUUUUACACAUACUCUGUCUAGCUAACCUCUUCAUUUCAUUUCAGUCAUUCUACAGACACUGAUGUUUUGACAAAAACUCUAGAUCUUUGCCAAACCCACAACCAGGCCAGGACUUAAGUAAUCCAGGGUUUCACCUUUGUUUUGGUUUUAUAGUGUCUUAUUCUCUGUACCAUAAGACGGUGUAAUACUAAUAGUUCUAUAUUUCUCUCUGUAAAAACUCUAGGCAUUCCACUAGAAAGAGUUUAAUGAAAGAGAUGGCAGACCUGCAAGCCGAACUCACUUAUCACCCUGUUAAGUCAUUUUCUCUGGAGAAGGAAGUUCUCAAGUAGGAAGUGUAAUUCAAGCUAGUAUAUUUAAAGACAAAAAAUAUAUAUAUAAAUGUCCACAUUUUACUACCAAACAAGUGUUUAGCUCUGCACAAAAAAAUAUCUGCAUAUAAAUAUAGUGUAUAAAUAUAUUAUAUUUUUUAAUUAAUCAACAGAAUGCAUCUGUUUUCUACACACAGCUGACAUAUUGUACAGUAAGACCCUGUACUUCUCAUCCUGUUUCCAGAGUUUUUAUCUGAUACUACAGAUGUUGAACUGUGGGGUUUGGUGUUUUUCUUUUGGGUUCAGCAUCUCCCUGCUCCUUAUCAUAACCACUUUCUCUCUCAACUCUUGUGUUGUCUACUCAGUCCACCCAACCAGUGCCAAACUGUCCCUGCUCACUGCCCAACCUCUGGGCCCUCAUACACUGGGCUUGCUAUGGUUGGACCCAGAGGUCUCUCUGAGCUCCAUGUCCCACAGCAGGCUCAAAGUGAUGCUGGUGAAGCCCGGCCCAGGUGUUGUUGUAUGAGAGCUCACGACUCCUAACCGUGGCCCUUCAGUCGGUUCGGGUUGAGCGACACUGCAUCUCUUAAGUUCUGAUGGUGAAUUGUGAUGCCUCUGCCACCUCCCCCCACAUUGUAUGGCUCAUUAUGUUGUAAAAGUUUGUUUGUUGGCUUGUCACUGUGCAGUCUCACGAACCACAGUGUCCUCUAAUGUUCUUGUCAUAAAAGUCUCUAUGAAUGGCUGUUACCCUUAUGUAGCAUUGAGAUAUUGUCUGUUUUAACUGUUCAACCAUAUCAAAAUUGUGGGGGAAAUGAUUUUUGUUAUUUAUAGCUGUCAUAAAACACCAUCCCUAAA